GAAACGGAUUUUGCUGUUCCGAUGUCCCUCAAUUGCUUUAUCCUUUGGGUGUCAUUCCAGGCCCAUCCAUGUCUUUUCCUGGUUGUAUUGUCUUGGGACUCUUGGCUUGGUUUUGAAGAUUCAUCUUGUUGGAAACUCCAGCCUCUGUUUGGCUUCCAAGCACCAGGCUUUGUGUUUCCUUGCUUCUUAAAUCUGGUAACCUCUUUCCCACCUCCUCCUUGUUCCCUCAAAGCUUCCAGUUUGCGCUGUUUGACCAUCCCUGGGUGAUUACAAAUAUCACAUGUCCCAAGGUACAUAAUCAACACUAUUGGGAUCAAUAGUCAACAAGCAUCCUCUCAUGGGUCACUCUUGUUCUAGGAUCCCUGGUAAACCUUUGUAGCCAUAGCCGAAGAAGAACGUUUUCAGGUACUUAUGGUGAAUAAAGAUCGAAAAGGUCAUGUCUACCUUGGCCAAGGUAGCUGUGGAGGUUUGACAUAGCUAUAACUGUGAGGAUGUCUUUACUGGUGUGAACAAAGUUCCAUGGUAUGGGUGAUCUUGGUGUUGGAAUGGUCAGCUGUUGAGACCACAGAGCCAGCUAGGAACUCAUGGGAGAGCACAGCCCAUAAGGUGAAUGGAUGAGUGGGGAAAGCAGUGGCAUGUAUCCAUCCUACUCUUUGCACAGGUGUCCUAAUAGAAUUAGGGCCAGGUGGGUUCAUGCAGAAGCAGUGAAAGUCCCAGGGCCUGGGCUCUAUACAUGCCAGAUGGAGCAGAGGGAUGGUACCACACUUCUUCGCAGCUUCAAUUUAAUGACAGCAGAACCACAAGAGGUGCUUUCUCUAGAGGUCAUUUCCCAAGAUAGUAUGGCUGAAAUUCAUAGGCCAUAGACAAUGGGAGGCAGAACAUCCCUCCUGGUUUUACUUUAACUUAGGAUGGGAGCCUCUCAGAAUAGGCAUCCUGGGGAGCAGAUGGACUACCAUCAAAGCCUUCAAUGCCUUUGCCAUUUUUGAUCUCCAUGGCCAUUUUAACACAGGGUCUCCUAGGUUUUAAAAGCCUGAACUGUGCUCAGUUGCUCACGAGAAGAAUUCCUGCUCCUCCCCUGACCUCCUCCCCUGACAGCAGAGAGAUGUGUGAACUGGUCUCUGUGUGACGCUGCGGAGGAACAGUUGUGCGAAGAACCAGAGUAACAUUUGCCUCCAAAAAGUAUCUUGCAUUGUAACUUGUCUCCACUUCACACAGACUAUUGAAGAGCAUCUGGAAGAUAUAUAUGUUAUUGUAAAAAAUAGAUCCAUGAGCAUUAUGAGAUUAUGAGGCAGAAGAAUCUCUGUUUUUAAAGAGCUAACCCACAUUCUCCAGGCUUAAGUCUUUGAUUAAAGUGACAGGAACUCAAAACUCACAGUUCAUCUAAUUCUACAUUGAAGCCCCCACAUGCCCAACAAUUUUACAGAUCAGGAAUCUGAGGCACGAGAAGACUCAGUUACCUUUUCAUAGUCAGUGGAAGCGCUAAAAUGUAAACCCUAGUUUCUUGACAGUAAAUCAUGCAUUUGUUUCCAACCGUCCUUUAUCUAGUUUAUGGCAUUUGUCUGUUUCUAAAAACCUGGAGAGACAUUUUGGUUACUCUCCAAGAGGGAGAUGAAGCAUGAAACUAAUUUUCAAAAAGAGCGGACUUUAGGGGAACAGUUCAGUUGGGCACAUUCUCUGCUCUUUUGUCGCUGCCACCUGAAAACUUUGGCGUGGUAUUGGAGGAUGAGAAGCCGUUCCUGCUUCCCCAUCUUUUUCUUUUCACAGCUGCAAAGUUCAGUGAGUUGAACGGCAGUGCUGUGAGUUCACUGUUCACUCUGCCACAGACCAACCUCUGUUGUAAAUUUUCCUCCCGGAACACGUGACGAUGCAUUUCUUGACUAUAUAUCCCAAGAGCAGCGGCAGAGCUGUCAGAGCGCUGAGCCCCGCACCGAGGAAGAAGGCUCUUUGGACUUGAUGAUUGAGGAAUUCAGAACAAAUUUGCCAGCCCUUGACCCUGGCUGUGUGAGCAGAGCUUCAAUGCUGAAGAUGGAGCCUCUGAACAGCACGCAUACCAGCACCGCAGCCCCCAGUGGCCCCCUCGAGUCCCAUGUGCAGAGCAGCGGCAGCAGCAACGGCAAUGAAUACUUCUACGUUCUGGUCGUCAUGUCCUUCUACGGCAUUUUCUUGAUUGGAAUCAUGCUGGGUUACAUGAAAUCCAAGAGGUGGGAGAAGAAAUCCAGCCUCCUGCUGCUGUACAAAGACGAGGAAAGGCUCUGGGGGGAGGCUAUGAAGCCGCUGCCCAUGGUGUCAGGCCUGAGGGCAGUGCAGGUGCCCAUGGUGCUGAACGUGCUGCAGGAGAGUGUGGCGCCCGCCCUGUCUUGCACCCUUUGCUCCAUGGAGGGAGACAGCGUGAGCUCCGAGUCCUCCUCGCCUGACGUGCACCUCACCAUUCAGGAGGAGGGGGCGGACGACGAGCUGGAGGAGACUUCUGAGACCCCCCUCAACGAAAGCAGUGAAGGGUCCUCUGAGAACAUUCAUCAGAAUUCCUAGCAGCCCUAGGACUUCUGGAGGUGGCCUCAUCGGCCAGCACCCUUAGAGAGAGGAAGGACACUUUUUGUGUCUGGUUUCACUUUUGCAGUGCAACCGCUACUUUCUAGAGACCCUCAGCAAGCCCCUGAAUUGGGGGUGGUGGGGGACGAGGUUUAGCCGGAGUCAGCAGCAGCUCGGAGGAGUCCACGACGCACCUGUGGUGUGGACCUGCCACCGAAAAAGCCCUGAAGACAUACAGUGUGUACCUUUCCUUUCUGGCCCGGAGGUCAGGGUUCCUGUGUGGAAUUGGCAGGUCAUAUGCUUGUGGUUGUUUCCUCACGCUCAUGAGCUUGUGGUUGUUCCCUGGUUGACAGCUGCAGCAUCUGCCCACUCCAGAGCUGCCCAAUGCCUAGGGCAUCCUGAGGGACUAGUUUUGAUUUGCCAAUUAGCCUAGAGCUUUGUUCUUCUAGAUCUGAUUGGCUGUAAGUACCUCUAAUGUGAACCUGUGGCAUUCCUUCACUUCCCAUUACAGAGCUUCUUUUAGAGGUCUUUUGGGUUAGAGGGGGAGUAUUUGAUGGAGGACUUUUGAUGGGAGGACGCUGGAUAUCCUAAUCUGGUCCAUUUGCAUACUGUAAGGAAAAAACUUGCAACUUUUAAAUCUGUUAAAAUUAGUUGGAAUUAUAAAAUGUAAUCUGCUAUUAUGACCCCUUGUCCAACCUGUGACCUUGAAUGCUGGGACCAUCCAGCAUUACAUACUGGUACGACUUUUUUUUUUUUUUUGCAUGGAAGGGUUUCCUCAGACUCUAACCUGCACUCUGAAUGGCCAUGCAGGGAAUCUUCCUGAUCUUUCCAGAAGAGGCGAUGGUGGGGUUGAACAAAGCCAAACCAUUAGCUCCGCUGCUGCUUUUUUUCCCAGCCUAGUUUUCUGGGCUGGGAGAGGAUAUAACGUGGACCUCUGGGACCUGGCAUUUUGUUACGUAGCUGAGACUUAGCAGGGCAUACCCCGGCGAGGUUGUGCAGAGCUGGGUCCAAGUUCUCUGUUUCUUAAUCCUGAGCCCCGACUCCGAUUUGCUCUGUGGUCCUGGGCAUGUUCUCAAGAGACUUAUUGCCUUCCUGAGACUCCUGAUGAUCUAGAUGCCCAGGGGGCUGGGAGGAUAGCUUUAGAUUUUAAGACUCUGAUAGAUCCUACAUGUCCCGAUGUCAGGAAGCUGGACAAAAUAUUUUCCCCUUGGCUAAUUAGUCUAAAAAAGGAGCUACUUAUUUAAAGGAGCAGUUGGAGACUGAGAAGUCAUGUAACUGGGAAGUCCAGAGCAAAUCACCUACCCAUUCCUGCUGUCCUUUUCCUAACAGUGAACCAAAGAGGCAGAUAGGACAGUUUACUCUGCAGAGUUGCCUGAGUGGUGGACUCUUAACACUCCAGUUAAGGGAAUGAAAAUCCAAGAGAAAAUGCUCAAGAAUGCUUGCUCAUCUCUCCUUGUAUUCCUGUGGUCAGUGCUCUGGAGCAGACUUUUUAGGCCGUUGAAGACAAGGAGGAAGAGAAACACACCAAAAGGUCAAGUUUAAUUCUAGUAAAAACAUAACUUUUUUUUUUUUUUUUUUAAACGCUCUCCCUGGAUUGGAGACAGUGAUAACUACUGUUCCCACAGAAGGGUUAACAGUGUAGAAGCUGGUUUAUCAGUUUGCUUUAACACAGUGCUAGAGGAAAUUUAUGUUUGGGGGAAAAAGGGCCCUCCGUCCCUUUAAAAUUCAGAGUGUGGAUUUACUCCAAAGGGGGCUGUUUAAGGUGAAAGAAGCCAAGUUACGUUUGGCCCCUUGCCUGGAAUCACUUGAAUUCUGAAACUUUACUGCGACGGACAUGUGCGUUGUCACAUUUUCCAUUGCUUAAUCCUGAAGUUUGGUGCAAAUCUAUCUGCGCCUAUUAAAAAGUGAUGUAUAUACUUCCUUCUUAAUCUAUUAAGUUGUAUAAAAUUGUCUUCUGUAUUUAACAGUUUAUAAUUUUCACAAUGUUUUUUUAAUUUAAAUAAACACAUUUUCCCUAGAAA